GUUGAGCCAUGUGACUGGCGUCGCGCUCUUCGGGUUAUUCGUCCCACACAUCAACGUGCCGGCGAUGAUAUCACGACUUCUUCAAAUGCAGCUUCUGCUGCUCUUUUAUGCACAUCACGCCUACCCCUUCCUUUGACUAAUUUGCAGUCUCCAUUUGCUAGCUGCGAAGGCGCUUUAUCAGCCAACGUAAUCACCUGCCUUCUUCAGCCAUUGGUCAACAGUCUUCUUUCUCGAAUAACCAUAGCUCUUGUCGGCGUCGAUCUUGUCGCUAGCCACUUCAAGCUCCCUAUCAAUGACAACAGUCGAAAUCAUUCUGCUUCCUCUGCUUUUCAACCUCAAACUCGCCGCCAUCGUAGUCUUAACCAGGCGCCGGUUGGUGAUCCAGCCUCCAGCGCUACUUCAGCUUUAACUUCAAACAAUCCCGGAACAUCUUUUUAUAGAGAAACAACUGGUUUUAAUCCAGAUACUGCUAGUCAAGCUGGCCACAAGGAACUUCAAAUUGUCUCUGAUGAAAGCGAUGGAGGACUUAAUGGCUUGGAUUCGGCAGAUGAAGCAGCAUAUGCUGGCCUAGCCUACAUCGAAACAACUCUAAAAAUACGGGCCCAGAUGCGGCGUAUGAGGAAACCGGCUGUUUUUACCCAGUUAUUAGAAAAAGUUAUAAGAUGCUGGCAGUAUAUAUUUUCCCCUGAUGUAAUUUGCCUCCAGCCGUCCCCUGACAUCAUUGGAGACACUCGCAGUCGUCGCAACCAAAGCUUCCCUCUUGCACCAAAUUAUCUUUCCGUAACUUCUGGACCCGGAUUAGUUUGGCCAUUUGAACCCUCCACUCUCCUUUAUUCUCUAUCAACCAGUACACCUACUCAAUUACCAAGCAGCUUACUUCUUGUUGGCGAUCUGCCAGACCCGGUAAUGAAUGCCGUCUGGCACGCCCUCGAAUCUGUCCAGGUAAGUUCUAUCGUCCUCGUUUAUGCGUAA